AUGGUAACUGAUGCGGAGAAAAGAGUCGAACCGACAAUUCAAUCUCACCAUGACCAACCACCCGCACAUGAAGCACAGGCACUCGAGGAUGGUCUCCACAGGUCAUCUGAAGAGUUCCCAUCAUGCCAUUCAGCUCGUAGCAACGCAUUGAGUCGAAUGACAACGGAUGCGGAUGGCAACAGUUACCCCGAGGGAGGGCUGGACGCAUGGCUGGUAGUUUUUGGGUGUUUCAUGGGCCUUUUUGGUUCUCUUGGCCUCGUCAACUCCAUCGGUACUUUCCAAGCUUAUAUCGAUGACCAUCAACUCAAAGAAUACAGCUCUGGCACCAAUGGGUGGAUUUUUAGCAUGUUCGCCUUUUUGUGCUUCUUCUGUGGCGUCCAGAUAGGUCCGGUCUUUGACGCCAAGGGCCCGCGCUUUUUAGUUCUUGCAGGCUCGAUCCUGAUUAUAGCGAUGAUGAUCUCUAUUGGGUUCUGUACUCAAUACUGGCAUUUUAUGCUCUCUGUCGGCCUCGCAGGUGGCAUUGGAUCUUCCCUGAUUUUCACGCCUGCUAUAUCAGCCGUGGGCCAUUUUUUCAACGAAAAGCGAGGAAUUGCGACAGGCCUUGCAGCGACUGGGGGCUCCGUUGGGGGUGUCAUCUUUCCUCUGGUCUUGCAAGAUUUGUUUCCUAAAAUUGGAUUCGGGUGGGCAACCCGCGUGGUAGCAUUGAUUUGCUUGAUCUCGCUGAUUGUGGCUUGCCUGUUAAUUAAGUCUCGACUGCCUAAGAAGCCAGCAUCCAAAGAGAAUGUUUUACCCGACUUUCGCAUUUUCAGGGACCCCAAGUUUGCCCUCACAACGGCCGGUGUAUUCUUCGUUGAGUGGGGCCUUUUCAUCCCGAUUAGUUAUAUCUCUUCUUAUGCAUUAUCUCAUGGUGUUUCAACCGAAUUGUCGUAUCAGAUGCUUGCCAUUCUCAACGCUGGCUCGUUUUUUGGAAGAGGGAUCCCGGGAUUCUUUGCCGACUACUUUGGACGCUUUAAUACUCUCAUAGUCACAGUCGCCCUAUGCCUUAUCUGCUGUGCAUGCCUGUGGCUUCCUGCUGGCGACAGCCUUCCACUUAUGAUCGUGUACAGCGCCAUUUUUGGCUUUGCAAGUGGUAGCAACAUCAGUCUCACCCCGGUGUGCAUCGGACAGCUCUGCAAAACAGAGCACUACGGCAGAUACUACGCAACUUCAUACACAAUCGUAAGCUUUGGAACUCUGACUGGUAUUCCGAUUGCUGGAGAGAUCCUCGCGCGUUGUGACGGACAGUACUGGGGUCUCAUUGCAUUUACGACAUGCUGCUACGCUGCAGGUCUUGCGUGUGUCACUGCUGCGAAAUUGAUCCAUGUUGGAUGGCGUCGACCAUGGGUCAUUUACUGA